AUGUCUUCCUACACUUUGCCUGAGGAGCUCCGCCGUGUUCGCCAGCCUGGCCAGUCCAGACCUGGCAACAGUGCAAAGAAAAUGCCUGAAAGCUUUCGUUGCGAUCUUGGUGGCGAGUGGCGCCCUUGGGGUGCCUUCUCCAAACGCCAGCAGAAGCUCGUCACGGACAGACUCUCUCGUGGAGCCAACAUCAAUGCCGCCAACACGGGGAUGAUCUGCCGGCAGCACUCUGGCGAGCCUGUCAAGGAGAUCCAGUGUGAAGGGCCGUGCAACAAAAUUCGUAUCCUGGACGACUUCUCCAAGAACAACCGUACCAACGGAGUCAACAUCUGCAAGCAUUGCCAGCACUGGACGAACACUCAGGAGCCUGGGUAUGCCCCUUGGGCAGCUCCCGAGCAAACGCUGGACCCCGUCGAAAAGCUGGAUGACUUCGAGGGUCGUCUCCCAACUGAGCCGUCCGAGAUAUUCAACUUCCACCAAGAUGAUCAGCCUCUUGCCCCUAUCACUGGCACUGAUGGUGUCACUGCUCUCAAUGGCUACCCCAUCAGCACGGCCAACUCCUCAGUCACCCCGGACUACCGUCCCGUUGCUCGCGGCGCCGACACGGAGAGUGUCACCUCUUCAGUUCGUGGCGCCGAAUCCGUAGUUUCGGCCGAUACCAAUCGGUCUCGCCUGGAAGAGCUGGACAACGGCAUGGCCGCACUCUGGUUCAAGAAUGCUCAAGAGGCUCAGCAGAAGCCGAAGCCCCAGCCCCAGUCUCAGCCUCAGUCUGCCGUUGUCACAUUCAACGCCUGGGAAUCGACUGGUCGUCAACAUGCAGUGAACAAGACCCCAACCAUUCGGUCUGGUGGCUCUUCGGUCAUGGGAGCGGCGGCAUCCGCCCAGACAACACGCCAAGUUGCCCCGCGGAACAAUGCCCAAGCCAACAACGUCUUCCGCGGACAAAGCCGUCCCCAGACCAUGGGAGGUCAGCCCAAGAAGAGCGGCUUCGGUUCCGCUCCAGACAGACAGGGAGACCGUAAGCAGCUGUCCGGCAAGGAGCAUCAAAAUAUGCAGAGAACUCUGCCGCAGCAGCAGCAGCAGCAGCGCAUCAUUCAAGGUCCUUACCAGGACGAAGACGAUGAGGACGAGACAUCUGACUAG